GACCCGUGCCUUCGUAUGCGCCCUCCAUAAUCAUCUUGGCCCUCGUCGUCCUCAGCUUCUUGUUCGCCAGUCAGGAUGCCAUGAGCUCUGGUGUUAUCUACAUGUUCCAACACUUGGCCGACCACCCAGAAAUUCUCGCCAAGAUCCGAGAGGAGCAAAAGGCUAUUCGAGGUGGCGAUUAUUCCAAGCCCAUGACUCUGCAACAAGUCGACGAGAUGGUCUAUCUCCGUGCCGUUAUCAAGGAGAGCUUGAGGCUGAAGCCCCCAGUCCCCUACAAGACUACCAAGGCGUUCCCCAUUUCAGGUGAUUACACUGUCCCCGCCAACAGCAUGGUCGUCCCAUCGUUGUACCCUUCGUUACACGACCCCAACGUCUACCCCGACCCACACUUGUUCUUGCCCGAGCGCUGGUUGGACGCCAACAGCCCUGCCAACACCAACCCCAAGAACUAUUUGGUGUUUGGUGCCGGUCCUCACCGAUGUAUCGGCGUCGAGUACACCAACAUUAAUAUGGCAUGUGUGAUGGGUAACGCUGCCGCGUUGAUGAACUGGGAACACAUUACCACCAAGGAUUCGGAGGAGGUGCAAAUGAUUGCCACGAUCUUCCCCAAGGACGGAUGCCUGCUCAAGUUCGAACCCCGUACGGAGGCGUAA